AUGCUAAAACCCAGCAGAACAUGGCCAACAAUUCUUCAAAAGACCAUGGCUGUUGUACAAUUGAGAUUUGAUGGUAAAUACGCAUAUAGUACGAUAGCGAACAUUAAUCAAUCACAGAAAUCGCAAAUAAUUGAAAAUCAACUAUCAAUAACGAGUGAACGGCAAAUAGAUUUUGAUGAUAAUAAGCAGGAUAUAACGGAAUGUAUGUGUGAGCAUUCAAAAGAUUCCGACGAGAAAUGUAGGUCAUUUGCUCUUAAUGGAUGUUCGACCACAUCAACAUCAGCGUCAUCAAUAACUUGUAAUGGUCGAGCUUAUAAUGGUCACCUUUGUCAUUCUCAUAUGAAUGGACAUUCAUUAAAUUCUGCAAUAUCAUCUCCCACAAUCAAAGUUUGUCUCUGCAACUAUCAUAACAAUAAUAAUAGUAUCAAUAAUAAUCUAACAUAUAAUAAUAACCGGCAGCGAUCUGAAUCCAUUAAGGUGGAAAAUUGGGAUUAUAUAUAUCGUGAGCGACCGUCACCUCAGAAUGGAUUUAGCUGUGAUCAUGGAUAUUUGUCGGGACGAGGUGCACAGAAGCUCGAUACAAUUUUCCGCCACUAUUAUCCCGAGUCUGGUUACGGAUGGAUUAUUUUAAUUGUGGCUGUUAUCGUAGCCAUAAUUACACAGGGAUUUCAGUUGUCUGCAGUUCUUUUUUUACUCCCUGCCGUUGGACGAUUUAAUGCUGACAACAUCGAAUGCCUUGGUGAGUACAAGAAAAAGAUUUAA